UUCCUAGUUCUGUGCACAGCAAUGUUCCAAGCCUUCCAGUUUCUCCGCAGCCUGGCCCACAACACGAAUGCAACUUGAGGACGCUAUGCUGAGUGCAAUAAGCCAGUCACAAAAGGACAGAUACGUGCAUUUGUUAUCUUGGCUGAAAGGCGUUCGGCAGCAGUCCGCUGGCGCAGACCAAAGAUGGAGCAACAGAAUCCGACCAAGAAGGAAGGGAGGCUUACACUCAUACUUUUACUGGCAACGCUGAUAGCCGCAUUUGGGUCAUCCUUCCAGUAUGGGUACAAUGUGGCCGCCGUUAACUCCCCUGCUGAGCUCAUGAAAGCAUUUUAUAAUGAGACCUACUAUGAACGCAACAAUAACUACAUAAAUGAGUUUUCCUUGACAUUGCUGUGGUCUAUUUCUGUGUCCAUGUUCCCCUUUGGAGGCUUCAUCGGCUCCCUCAUGGUCGGCCCCUUGGUGAAUAAACUUGGCAGGAAAGGGACUUUGCUUUUCAACAACAUCUUCUCCAUUGUCCCCGCGAUCUUAAUGGGGUGCAGCGAGGUUGCCCGGUCGUUUGAGAUGAUCAUUGUGUCCAGACUUCUGGUGGGAAUAUGUGCAGGUCUGUCUUCCAAUGUUGUCCCCAUGUACCUGGGGGAGCUGGCCCCCAAAAACCUGAGGGGGGCCCUCGGGGUGGUACCUCAGGUCUUCAUCACCAUCGGCAUCCUCGUGGCUCAGAUCUUUGGUCUUCGGAGCCUCCUCGCAAACAAAGAAGGCUGGCCGAUCCUCCUCGGGCUGACCGGGAUCCCGGCGGCCCUGCAGCUCCUGUUCUUGCCCUUCUUCCCCGAGAGCCCCCAGUACCUGCUGAUUCAGAAGAAGGAUGAAGUAGCUGCCAGAAAUGCGCUGAAGAGGCUGCGCGGCUGGGACGACGUGGGCUCGGAGAUGGAGGAGAUCUGGCAGGAGGACGAGGCCGAGAAGGCCGCGGGCUUCAUCUCUGUGCUGAAGCUGUUCAGCAUGAGGUCCCUGCGGUGGCAGGUCAUCUCCAUCAUCAUCCUCAUGGGCGGCCAGCAGCUGUCAGGAGUGAACGCAAUCUACUACUACGCAGACCAGAUCUACCUGAGCGCGGGGGUGAACGAUCAUGACGUCCAGUAUGUGACGGUGGGCACGGGGGCUGUCAACGUGCUGAUGACCGUUUGUGCCGUGUUCGUGGUGGAGCUCUUGGGGCGGCGGGUCCUACUCCUCCUGGGCUUCUCUGUCUGCUUCACGGCCUGCUGUGUGCUCACGGCCGCUCUGGCCCUGCAGGACACAAUAUCCUGGAUGCCUUAUGUCAGCAUCACCUGCGUCAUCUCCUACGUCAUAGGACACGCCCUUGGGCCCAGUCCCAUCCCCGCGCUACUGAUCACGGAGAUCUUCCUGCAGUCCUCCCAGCCGGCCGCCUUCACGGUGGGGGGCAGCGUCCACUGGCUCUCCAACUUCACCGUGGGCUUGAUCUUCCCCUUCAUCCAAGUGGGCCUCGGACCUUACAGCUUCAUCAUUUUUGCUGUGAUUUGUCUCCUCACCACCGUCUACAUCUUCCAGGUUGUCCCCGAGACCAAGGCCAAGACAUUCAUGGAGAUCAAUCAGAUUUUCACCAAGAUGAAUAAGGUGUCAGAGGUGCACCCAGAGAAGGAGGAAGUAAAGGACUUUCCAGUCUCUGCUUCGGGCACUAACUCGAGCAGAGGAGCCUGUUAAGUGGGUCUGUGUGGAGCUUCCCUCCGGGGCUUGCUUUCUGACCGACAGGUGUCUGGGAACACCCGGAACUAGGACCAGCCCGGUGUGGAAC